AUGGAUUACUUACACGCCAUCUCUUCGUACGGCCUCGGCCUGUGGGAUCAAGGCAGACUAUCUUCGGUCGUCGCCCUUGGCGUGCCUUUAGGCGUGCUUUUUCACCUUACUAUCGCUCAGAUGGGAGAUGUGGAAAAGUUCAUGUAUAAUCUUAUGGCAGCUAUGCUAUUUCUCGCGCUCGGCAUCGUUUCCGUUUCCGUGUUUCUAGGGUCUUCCUUUCUAGGCGCCUUGGCCGGAUUAUGCAUCUUGGCAAUUACUUUCAACACAGGCCUCUUCUCGAGCAUGGUCAUCUACAGAUUAUUCUUUCAUCGGCUGAGGAGAUUUCCUGGGCCCUUAGACCUCAAGAUCUCCCGCUUCUUCUCCUUGCUCCGGGUUGCUAAAGAAGCCAAGUACCAUAACGACGUUGUCAAGUUGAACGAGCGAUACGGCGACUUUAUUCGUACAGGACCGCGAGAGCUUUGCAUCGUUCGAGACUCGGCAAUCCCAAUCAUAUAUGGUCCGAAUACAAACUGCCACAAGCCGGUUUGUUACAUGGGUACCAGUCCUGAUUCCAAAAAGGUAUCCUUUCACGGCUCGCAAGACCCCAACGACCAUAAGAGAAGACAUAGGGCUUGGGAUAAAGGAUUCUCGAUCAAAGCGUUACAAACCUACGAGCCUCGGAUUAAAGCAUUAGUUACUAAACUUGUGCAUCAAAUAUCGCAGAGAAAAAUAGUAGAUGCGACGACUUGGUCGAUGUAUCUCACAUUCGACGUCAUGGGCGAAGUCGGAUUCGGGAAAGACUUCGGUUGCGUCUCAGAUGGCAUAAAUCAUCCCGCGAUUCAAAACGUACGCGACCAUAUGCAUAUCCUAGGCGUCUUGAACUAUAUCCCCUGGUUGUUGAAUAUAUUCGGGCGUAUCCCAGGCGCGUCAAAAUCAUAUCACCCCUUUUUUAGUUAUUGCCAAUCUCAAGUCGAAAAGAAACGGGAGAGUAUCGACCUCGAGAAAUAUCCUCAAGACAUCAUGACAUGGCUACUAAAAGCCGUCAUCGAAAAAGACAUUUCUGCUUCGCCAACAGAAAGCUCGCUUUACGACGACGCCAGAGUACUUAUAGUCGCAGGAAGCGAGACGAGCGCUACGACCCUGGCGAGCUCCUUAUUCUACUUGGCAAAGUUUCCUCGCGUCUUGAAGAAGCUACAAGCCCAGAUCGACGAUAUCAUACCGACCCCGGCAGACUGGACGUACGAGAAGGCGAAAUCAAUUACGUACUUGGACAACGUCAUCGACGAGACCCAGCGUCUAAAGCCCGCUCUGCUUACCGGAGGAUACCGACGGACGCCGCCCGAGGGCGUUCAAAUCGACGAGCAGUUUGUUCCGGGAAACGUAUCCGUCAUCGUGCCCAUACAGCUGAUCCAGACGCACCCGCGCUACUGGAAACAGAGCAAGGACUUUAUACCAGAACGAUUCGGAGAGAGGAGUGCCGAGAUGGGAACUAGCAAGGCGCCUUACAUGCCUUUUAGUCACGGGACAUACAGCUGCCCUGGUAAGAACCUGGCCUUGAUGACCUUGCGGAUCGCUAUCUCUAGUCUUGUGCAGCACUUUGAUAUCACCUUUGCGGCUGGCGAAACAGGAGAAAUAUUCGAUACGGAGGCGCAAGAUGUAUUUACCACUCACUUAGAGCCUUUGAACCUGCAGUUCUCGCCGAGGAAGUGA